GCAUUGUUGAGUUGGCGGGGACGGCGCUGGGUGCUUCAUGCCUGGUUCUGGUAUUAGGUGUGCGCCGGAGUGGUCUGUGAAAGGGUUGUCGCGAUUCUAUCCCAGUUAGAAGAUCAGUAAACUUCGAAAGCGCUGCUUAUUAUUGAACCGCGAAGAGAAAAAUGACCAUGGGAGAUGAUUCACCUGUAUCUUCCCUGGUUUUGCCAGUCCUUAUAAGGCCGGUUCUUUCUCAACUGGACAAGGAGGAUGUGGCCGCCACCCAGACACUGCGCGCUGCGCUCACCAAGGUGGAGGCGGCCAACCCGGGCUUCACCUACGAUCUGGUGAUGGGCCUGGUGCGCAAGGCCGACGUCAGCGUGAACAUGCACGAGAGCCUGCUGCGCCUGCAGGGCUCGGCCGGCGACAACGACGCUGAGUAUCGGCUGAGCCGCACUGAGGAGCCGUUCCAGGAGCUGAACAAGAAGUCGUCCAGCUUGAAACGCAUCCUCAGUCGGAUUCCGGAUGAGAUCACCGACCGGAAAACAUUCCUGGAGACCAUCAAGGAGAUCGCCAGCGCCAUCAAAAAGCUGCUGGACGCGGUGCAGGGCGUCUCGGCGUACAUCCCCGGCUCGCACGGCAAGCAGGCGCUCGACCAUCGCCGUCGCGACUUCGUCAAGUACUCCAAGAAGUUCAGCAACACGCUCAAGGAGUACUUCAAGGAAGGACAGGCCAGCGCCGUCUUUGUCUCGGCCACGUACCUGAUCUACUACACCAACAUGAUCAUGAUCACCGUCAAGAGCAAGUGCGAGUAGCCGGCGGGGCUCAGCGCUGCAGUCCAGCAGCCCGCUACUCCCUCCAGCAAUGGCCUGGCCAGGCGCUCGCGCGGGCUGCGGCUGCACACCGCCACCCGUGUCUGGUGACGUCUUCCAAGGCUCGUCAAUGCCCAAUCGUUGGUACUGUCGUCCGCGUUGAUCAAUGGGAAUCGGGGAGAGUUCGACGGCGAUCUUUUAACCCACAGUCACACCGGGGGCCGACCGUGCUGACAUGCGAUUAUGCGCGGCUCACGUAUGAGAUACUUAAUUAUUUAUUUUGUGCACGCAGCAGCCUGCCAAUAUAAAGUCACGACAUAGAUUAGAGUCAAGUGUAUUAGCCGUAAGGCCAAUGUAUGUACAUAAAACGGCGAAAUACACGGUGCGUGACCAGGA